GCCAACAUGACCCGAGUCAUCCUAGCCUUCAUUUGCUUUCUUCUCAUCAGACUUGGACAAACAGCAGUGUCCCCUCUUCCUUCGAGCACCGGACCAUGCGACGUCAUGCUUCGCACAAGCGAACUAAUCGACCUGUCUCGAACCGAUCCCUUUGACCCCAAAGGAGGAAAACGUGCUCUGCUGGUCACCACCUUUACCCCCGCGAGUUGCGGAAGUGUACUGUCCACAUCAUACAUCCCGAAUGCAACAGCCAGGUAUGAGGACGAGUUUCUCCAGUCUUUCGGAAUACCCUCAGGAACGUUCGAGUCGUUUCGGAUUCAAACCAAAACCGAGCAGCAGCCACCGCCUUCCAGCCUUGAGGGAAAUCACCCGGUUGUGCUGUUUUCACCAGCUCUGGGGACCUCAAGAUUGAUAUACACAGCGCUGCUUCAGGACCUUGCCAGUUACGGAUUUGCCGUCAUCUCCGUCGAUCAUCCGUACGAUGCCGACAUCGUGGAGUACCCCGACGGCCGCACGGUCGUCGGAAUCCUCGGCAACAUCAGUACAGAUGCGCAAUACGACUCAGCAUUGAACGUUCGCGUUCAAGAUAUGAGAUUCGUCCUGAAUCAGACCCACAACACCACGGCGCUCGGGGACAUCUUCCCGCUGGCUCGGGGAAAUGCCCAGCUACUUUCUCUGGAUCGAGCAACAAUCUCUGGCCAUUCCCUGGGCGGAGCCACCGCCGCGCAGACCCUACUGGUCGAUUCUCGAUUCGUCGGAGGCAUCAACCUGGAUGGUUCACUGUGGGGGUCAGUCGUGGACGAGGGACUGUCGCGCCCGUUCCUGAUGUUCGGGAACGCGAACCACACCCAGGCAACCGACGCCAGCUGGGCAGCAGUUUGGCCGCAUCUGCAAGGAUGGAAACUGGAGCUUCAACUCGCACAGUCGAAGCACUAUACGUUCUCCGACUUUCCAGUGAUGGUAGAUGCCCUGAGUAUCUCGGAAGAAGCUAAGCAGAUUGUCCAGGCCGGGUACAUUGGGACGAUAGGCGGGCUGCGGGCCAGAAACGUGAUUGUUUCGUACAUCACUGCCACACUAAGGUACUUUGUCUAUGGGUACACGUCUGAUCUACUGAGCGGGCCUUCGGCGGAUUUUCCUGAUGUGACUUUUGUGUCUUCUUGACUUGGGAGGCGUUUUCUUGGAUGAUCGACCUGGUGGGAGAGGUGCGUUGCC